CGCCAUAUUGGCGAGGACGGGCGUCCGCGGCUGCGGAAGCUAGUCUCCGCCGUUGUCGGAGCCGCAACCUCACAGCACCCGGCCCGUCCGGGCCUCUGCCGCGCGGAGCCCCUCCCCGCGUUGCUCAGCUCUCAGGCCUCGCGGGAGCCCGCCGCUGCCGCCUCUCUCCCGGGAGGCGGCCGCCUCAGCCCUCGGUGCUCCGGUCGGCGCCGGGAGCGAGGAGCGAGCCGCAGCAAAGCGACCAGGCCCGGAGCGGGGAAAGAGGCGGCGACCACGAGAAGGUGAAGCCGCCACUGCAGGAGGAGGAGCGGGAGGAGGUGACGCAGGAGAAACGCACCGCCCGGAGCCCGUCUGAGCUCAGUUAGAGCCCCGGCCCGAGGGGAGAAGAGGGAAGAGGCCGCCGCCGCCGGCUGAGGAGGAGGAGGCGGCCGCGGCCACCGUUGCUGCAGGGCGGGCGCGGCGAGCAGCGAAUUCCGGCGCCCCCGUGCAGCUUCCUGGUCUUGACGCCCGCAGCCUCUCGACACACUUUGUCGUCAGUCACCCCCAGGCUUGGGAUGCACCCAGGGUCGGCCUUGUCCUGGGACUGAGUCUUGCAGCUGCCUGCUGCUUCCGCGUGCCCUGCUUCUGAGGAGAAAACGCCCGGGUCGUGCGGAUCUUGAAAUAAAUAUUCUGACAUCUCAAGAAGAUGAGGGAUUUCGUGGCUGUCUCUUCAAAGAUAAAUUUUUUUCAGAUGGUUAUGCAAUGGUCUCUGCAAGAUGGUUUAUUCUUGAAUUGGAGCUUUUUAAGACUGACAAAUGCUGGUACUUCAUCUUCUAUAAGUGGACUAUAAUUUCUUUUCUCAAGACAACUACAUAAGCAGACAAAAUUGCAAAGAUCUGCCCUGUGUCGAGUAUGACAGCCACGACUCGUGGCUCUCCGGUAGGAGGGAAUGACAGCCAGGGCCAGGCUCCUGAUGGACAGUCUCAGCCCCCCCUCCAACAGAAUCAGACUUCAUCGCCUGAUUCUUCCAAUGAAAAUUCCCCGGCAACUCCCCCAGAUGAGCAAGGUCAAGGUGAUGCCCCACCACAGCUUGAAGAUGAGGAACCUGCAUUUCCGCAUACUGACCUGGCAAAGUUGGAUGAUAUGAUCAAUAGGCCUCGAUGGGUGGUUCCAGUUUUGCCGAAAGGGGAAUUAGAAGUGCUUUUAGAAGCUGCUAUUGAUCUUAGUAAAAAAGGCCUUGAUGUUAAAAGUGAAGCUUGUCAGCGAUUUUUCCGAGAUGGGCUAACAAUAUCAUUCACUAAAAUCCUUACAGAUGAGGCAGUGAGUGGCUGGAAGUUUGAAAUUCAUAGGUGUAUUAUCAACAAUACUCAUCGUCUGGUGGAGCUAUGUGUGGCCAAGUUGUCCCAAGACUGGUUUCCACUUCUAGAACUUCUCUCCAUGGCCUUAAAUCCUCAUUGCAAAUUCCAUAUCUACAAUGGUACACGUCCAUGUGAAUCUGUUUCCUCAAGUGUUCAAUUGCCUGAAGAUGAACUCUUUGCUCGUUCUCCAGACCCUCGCUCACCAAAAGGUUGGCUGGUGGAUCUUCUCAACAAGUUUGGCACUUUGAAUGGGUUCCAGAUUUUGCAUGAUCGUUUUAUUAAUGGAUCAGCAUUAAAUGUUCAAAUAAUCGCAGCCCUUAUAAAACCAUUUGGGCAAUGCUAUGAGUUUCUCACUCUUCAUACAGUGAAAAAGUACUUUCUUCCAGUAAUAGAAAUGGUUCCACAGUUUUUAGAAAACUUAACUGAUGAAGAGCUGAAAAAAGAAGCAAAGAAUGAAGCCAAAAAUGAUGCCCUUUCAAUGAUUAUUAAAUCUUUGAAGAAUUUGGCUUCAAGGGUUCCAGGACAAGAAGAAACUGUAAAAAAUUUAGAAAUAUUUAGGUUAAAAAUGAUACUUAGAUUACUGCAAAUUUCGUCUUUCAAUGGAAAGAUGAAUGCACUGAAUGAGGUUAAUAAGGUGAUAUCUAGUGUGUCUUACUACACUCAUCGACAUGGUAACCCUGAGGAGGAAGAGUGGCUCACAGCUGAACGAAUGGCAGAAUGGAUACAGCAGAACAAUAUCUUAUCCAUAGUAUUGCGAGAUAGUCUGCAUCAACCACAGUAUGUAGAAAAGCUAGAGAAGAUUCUUCGUUUUGUCAUUAAAGAAAAAGCUCUGACUUUACAAGAUCUUGAUAAUAUCUGGGCAGCACAGGCAGGGAAGCAUGAAGCCAUUGUGAAGAACGUACAUGAUCUGCUGGCAAAGUUAGCAUGGGAUUUUUCUCCUGAACAACUUGAUCAUCUUUUUGAUUGCUUUAAGGCCAGCUGGACAAAUGCAAGUAAAAAGCAGCGUGAAAAGCUACUUGAGCUGAUACGUCGCCUUGCAGAAGAUGAUAAAGAUGGUGUGAUGGCGCACAAAGUGUUGAACCUACUAUGGAAUCUGGCCCACAGUGAUGAUGUACCUGUAGACAUCAUGGACCUGGCUCUCAGUGCCCACAUAAAAAUACUAGAUUAUAGUUGCUCACAGGACCGUGACACACAGAAGAUCCAGUGGAUAGAUCGCUUUAUAGAAGAACUUCGUACAAAUGACAAAUGGGUAAUUCCUGCAUUGAAACAAAUUAGAGAAAUUUGUAGUUUGUUCGGUGAAGCCCCUCAAAAUUUGAGUUCUUCUCGUUUCAGUCAAACUCAGCGAAGUCCCCAUGUAUUUUACCGCCAUGACUUAAUCAAUCAACUUCAGCACAAUCAUGCCCUAGUUACUUUGGUAGCAGAAAACCUUGCAACUUAUAUGGAAAGCAUGAGGCUGUAUGCUAGAGAUCAUGAAGACUAUGACCCCCAAACUGUGAGGCUGGGAAGUAGAUACAGUCAUGUUCAAGAAGUCCAAGAGCGGCUUAACUUCCUUAGAUUUUUAUUGAAGGAUGGCCAACUAUGGCUAUGUGCUCCUCAGGCAAAACAAAUAUGGAAAUGCUUAGCAGAGAAUGCAGUUUACCUUUGUGAUCGUGAAGCCUGCUUUAAGUGGUAUUCCAAGUUGAUGGGGGAUGAACCAGACUUGGAUCCUGAUAUAAAUAAAGACUUCUUUGAAAGUAAUGUGCUUCAGCUUGAUCCAUCCCUAUUAACUGAGAAUGGAAUGAAAUGUUUUGAGCGAUUCUUCAAAGCUGUGAAUUGUCGAGAAGGAAAACUAGUAGCCAAAAGGAGAGCAUAUAUGAUGGAUGAUUUGGAGUUAAUAGGAUUAGACUAUCUUUGGAGGGUUGUGAUUCAAAGUAAUGACGAUAUUGCCAGCAGAGCUAUAGAUCUUCUUAAAGAAAUAUAUACAAACCUUGGUCCGAGGCUACAAGUCAAUCAGGUGGUAAUCCAUGAAGACUUCAUUCAGUCUUGCUUUGAUCGUUUGAAAGCCUCUUAUGACACACUCUGUGUUUUGGAUGGUGACAAAGACAGUAUUAAUUGUGCAAGGCAGGAGGCUGUUCGAAUGGUUCGUGUAUUAACUGUGUUAAGAGAGUACAUAAAUGAAUGUGACAGUGAUUAUCACGAGGAAAGAACAAUUCUACCCAUGUCGAGAGCUUUCCGUGGUAAACACCUCUCUUUUAUAGUUCGAUUUCCAAACCAGGGCAGACAAGUUGAUGACUUGGACGUAUGGUCUCAUACAAAUGAUACGAUUGGUUCAGUAAGACGAUAUAUUCUCAAUCGUAUUAAAGCCAAUGUAGCUCAUACAAAAAUUGAGCUCUUUGUGGGCGGUGAACUGAUUGAUCCUGCAGACGACAGAAAAUUGAUUGGACAAUUAAACUUGAAAGAUAAAUCACUAAUUACAGCCAAACUUACACAAAUAAGUUCCAAUAUGCCUUCAAGCCCCGAUAGUUCUUCUGAUUCCUCAACUGGGUCUCCUGGAAACCAUGGUAAUCAUUACAGUGAUGGUCCCAAUCCAGAAGUGGAAAGCUGUUUACCUGGGGUGAUAAUGUCACUGCAUCCCAGAUACAUUUCUUUCCUUUGGCAAGUUGCAGACUUAGGCAGCAGCCUAAAUAUGCCUCCUCUUAGAGAUGGAGCAAGAGUACUUAUGAAGCUUAUGCCACCAGAUAGCACAACAAUAGAAAAGUUAAGAGCUAUUUGUUUAGAUCACGCCAAACUUGGAGAAAGCAGCCUUAGUCCAUCUCUUGACUCGCUUUUCUUUGGUCCUUCAGCCUCACAAGUGCUAUACCUAACAGAGGUAGUCUAUGCCUUGUUAAUGCCUGCUGGUGCACCUCUGGCUGAUGACUCCUCUGAUUUUCAAUUUCACUUCUUGAAAAGUGGUGGCCUGCCCCUCGUCCUGAGCAUGCUAACCAGAAAUAACUUCCUACCAAAUGCAGAUAUGGAAACUCGAAGGGGUGCUUACCUCAAUGCUCUUAAAAUAGCCAAACUGUUGCUAACUGCCAUUGGCUAUGGCCACGUUCGAGCUGUGGCAGAAGCUUGUCAGCCAGGUGUAGAAGGCGUGAAUCCCAUGACAUCGGUCAACCAAGUUACUCAUGAUCAAGCCGUGGUGCUACAAAGUGCCCUUCAGAGCAUUCCUAAUCCAUCAUCUGAAUGCAUGCUUAGAAAUGUAUCCAUUCGUCUUGCUCAGCAAAUAUCUGAUGAGGCUUCAAGAUAUAUGCCUGAUAUCUGUGUAAUUAGAGCUAUUCAGAAAAUCAUCUGGGCAUCAGGAUGUGGGGCAUUACAGCUAGUAUUUAGCCCAAAUGAAGAAAUCACUAAAAUUUAUGAGAAGACCAACGCAGGCAAUGAGCCAGACUUGGAAGAUGAACAGGUUUGCUGUGAGGCAUUAGAAGUGAUGACGUUGUGUUUUGCCUUGAUUCCGACAGCCUUGGAUGCUCUUAGUAAAGAAAAGGCUUGGCAGACAUUUAUUAUUGACUUACUAUUGCACUGUCACAGCAAAACUGUUCGCCAGGUUGCACAAGAGCAGUUCUUUUUGAUGUGCACCAGAUGUUGCAUGGGACACAGGCCUCUACUUUUCUUCAUUACUCUGCUCUUCACCGUGUUGGGGAGCACAGCCCGAGAGAGAGCUAAGCAUUCGGGCGACUACUUCACCCUUUUAAGACACCUUCUUAAUUACGCUUACAAUAGUAAUAUUAACAUACCCAAUGCUGAAGUUCUUCUCAAUAAUGAAAUUGAUUGGCUUAAGAGAAUUAGGGAUGAUGUUAAAAGAACAGGUGAAACAGGUGUUGAAGAGACGAUCUUAGAAGGUCACCUUGGGGUAACAAAAGAAUUACUGGCCUUUCAAACCCCUGAGAAAAAGUAUCAUAUUGGUUGUGAAAAAGGAGGUGCUAAUCUCAUUAAAGAAUUAAUUGAUGAUUUCAUCUUCCCUGCAUCCAAUGUUUACCUGCAAUAUAUGAGAAACGGAGAGCUGCCCGCUGAACAGGCAAUUCCAGUCUGUAGCUCCCCAGCUACCAUUAAUGCUGGUUUUGAGUUACUUGUAGCGUUAGCUGUUGGCUGUGUGAGGAAUCUCAAACAGAUAGUAGAUUCUUUGACUGAAAUGUAUUAUAUUGGCACAGCAAUAACUACUUGUGAAGCACUUACAGAGUGGGAAUAUCUGCCACCUGUUGGACCCCGCCCACCUAAAGGAUUUGUGGGGCUGAAAAAUGCUGGUGCUACUUGCUACAUGAAUUCUGUGAUUCAGCAACUCUACAUGAUUCCCUCCAUCAGGAACGGUAUUCUUGCAAUUGAAGGCACAGGUAGUGAUGUAGAUGAUGAUAUGUCUGGGGAUGAGAAGCAGGACAAUGAGAGCAAUGUUGAUCCCAGAGAUGAUGUAUUUGGAUAUCCUCAACAAUUUGAAGACAAACCAGCAUUAAGUAAAACAGAAGAUAGGAAGGAGUAUAAUAUCGGUGUCCUAAGACACCUUCAAGUCAUCUUUGGUCAUUUAGCUGCUUCUCGUCUACAGUACUAUGUGCCCAGAGGAUUUUGGAAACAGUUCAGGCUUUGGGGUGAGCCUGUUAAUCUGCGUGAACAGCAUGAUGCUUUAGAAUUUUUUAAUUCACUGGUGGAUAGUUUAGAUGAAGCUUUGAAAGCCUUGGGACAUCCAGCUAUGCUAAGUAAAGUCUUAGGAGGGUCCUUUGCUGAUCAGAAGAUUUGCCAGGGCUGCCCACAUAGAUACGAGUGUGAAGAAUCUUUUACGACUUUGAAUGUAGACAUUAGAAAUCACCAAAAUCUUCUUGAUUCUUUGGAACAAUAUGUCAAAGGAGAUUUAUUAGAAGGUGCAAAUGCAUAUCAUUGUGAAAAAUGCAAUAAAAAGGUUGAUACCGUAAAGCGCUUGCUAAUUAAAAAAUUACCUCCCGUUCUUGCUAUCCAACUGAAAAGAUUCGAUUAUGACUGGGAAAGAGAAUGUGCAAUCAAAUUCAAUGAUUAUUUUGAAUUUCCUCGAGAGCUGGACAUGGAACCUUACACAGUCGCAGGUGUUGCAAAGCUGGAAGGAGAUAAUGUAAACCCAGAGAGUCAGUUGAUACAGCAGAAUGAGCAGUCUGAAAGUGAGACGGCAGGAAGCACGAAAUACAGACUCGUGGGCGUGCUGGUACACAGUGGCCAAGCAAGUGGUGGACAUUAUUAUUCUUACAUCAUUCAAAGGAAUGGUGGAGAUGGUGAGAGAAAUCGCUGGUAUAAAUUUGACGAUGGAGAUGUAACAGAGUGUAAAAUGGAUGACGACGAAGAAAUGAAAAACCAGUGUUUUGGCGGAGAGUAUAUGGGAGAGGUAUUUGAUCACAUGAUGAAGCGCAUGUCCUACAGGCGCCAGAAAAGGUGGUGGAAUGCUUACAUUCUUUUUUAUGAACGAUUGGAUACUAUAGACCAGGGCGAUGAGUUGAUAAGAUACAUAUCUGAGCUUGCUAUCACCACAAGACCCCAUCAGAUUAUUAUGCCAUCAGCCAUCGAGAGAAGUGUACGGAAGCAGAAUGUGCAAUUCAUGCAUAACCGAAUGCAGUACAGUUUAGAAUAUUUUCAGUUCAUGAAAAAACUGCUUACGUGUAACGGUGUUUACUUAAAUCCUCCACCAGGGCAAGAUCACCUGUUGCCUGAAGCAGAAGAAAUCACUAUGAUUAGUAUUCAGCUUGCUGCUAGGUUCCUUUUUACCACAGGAUUUCACACCAAGAAAAUCGUCCGUGGCUCUGCCAGUGAUUGGUAUGAUGCAUUGUGUAUUCUCCUUCGUCACAGCAAGAAUGUCCGUUUUUGGUUUGCUCACAAUGUCCUUUUUAAUGUUUCAAAUCGCUUUUCUGAAUACCUUCUGGAGUGCCCCAGUGCAGAAGUAAGGGGUGCAUUUGCAAAACUUAUAGUUUUUAUUGCACAUUUUUCCUUGCAAGAUGGGCCGUGUCCUUCCCCUUUUGCAUCUCCCGGACCUUCUAGUCAGGCUUAUGACAACUUAAGCCUAAGCGAUCACCUACUAAGGGCAGUUCUCAAUCUCUUGAGAAGGGAAGUUUCAGAGCAUGGGCGUCAUUUGCAGCAGUAUUUCAAUCUGUUUGUAAUGUAUGCCAAUUUAGGUGUGGCAGAGAAGACACAACUUCUGAAAUUGAAUGUACCUGCCACCUUUAUGCUUGUGUCUUUAGAUGAAGGUCCAGGUCCUCCAAUCAAAUAUCAGUAUGCUGAAUUAGGCAAAUUGUACUCCGUUGUGUCGCAGCUGAUCCGCUGUUGCAAUGUCUCUUCAAGAAUGCAGUCUUCAAUCAAUGGUAAUCCUCCUCUUCCCAAUCCUUUUGGUGAUCCUAAUUUAUCACAACCUAUAAUGCCAAUUCAGCAGAAUGUGGCAGACAUUUUAUUUGUGAGAACAAGUUAUGUGAAGAAAAUCAUUGAGGACUGCAGUAACUCAGAGGAAACUGUCAAAUUGCUUCGUUUUUGCUGCUGGGAGAAUCCUCAGUUCUCAUCUACUGUCCUCAGUGAACUUCUCUGGCAGGUUGCAUAUUCCUACACUUAUGAACUGCGGCCCUAUUUGGAUCUGCUUUUGCAAAUCUUACUGAUUGAGGACUCCUGGCAGACUCACAGAAUUCAUAAUGCACUUAAAGGAAUCCCAGAUGACCGAGAUGGGCUGUUUGACACAAUCCAGCGCUCUAAGAAUCACUAUCAAAAAAGAGCAUACCAGUGUAUAAAAUGUAUGGUAGCUCUUUUUAGCAAUUGUCCUGUUGCUUACCAGAUUCUGCAGGGCAACGGAGAUCUUAAAAGAAAGUGGACCUGGGCAGUGGAAUGGCUUGGAGAUGAACUUGAAAGACGACCAUACACUGGCAACCCUCAGUACACUUACAACAACUGGUCUCCUCCAGUGCAGAGCAAUGAAACAUCAAAUGGUUAUUUCUUGGAGAGAUCACAUAGUGCUAGGAUGACACUUGCAAAAGCUUGUGAACUCUGUCCAGAGGAGGAGCCAGAUGACCAAGAUGCCCCAGAUGAGCAUGAGUCACCUCCACCUGAAGAUGCCCCAUUAUACCCCCAUUCACCUGGAUCUCAGUAUCAACAGAAUAACCAUGUGCAUGGACAGCCGUAUACAGGCCCAGCAGCACAUCACAUGAACAACCCUCAGAGAACUGGCCAACGAGCACAAGAAAAUUACGAAGGCAGUGAAGAAGUAUCCCCACCUCAGACGAAGGAUCAGUGAAAUGCACAUAAUUAACUAGUUCCAUCAAGACUGUGCACCCAGGCCUUACAGUCCAACCUUUUUCUGUGUCUGGCUAAUAAUUUAAAACUAGAAAAACUAUUCCUAAUCAACAUGGAGUGGAGAGUUUAUUCACUGUCUUAUCUGCAGAAAUUUGCUGUCAAUAUAUAACCCGCCUGCAGUGGAAAGUGUAUAGUGUUUUGUAAUAAAUGGCCUGAUGCUAAUGUGUAAAUGGCAAAGGUGUAUAUAGUAUAUUAAUGUUUGACUGUUAAUUCUUAAGCAAGAAACUUUUUUCUUGAGGAGACUCACAGAUCUACAAAAACUACAAAAGUUAAUUUUCUUGUUCUUCCCACUGCACUCUGCAACCAGUGUUGACUGCCUCAUGGCAGUUGGAUCUGCUCCUUUACAAAAACAAAAAAAUAAACCAACAGCAACAAAACAGCCCAUCCAUGUCAACCACACCAAUAGUUUCAUGUUAAUUCUUUGCCACGGGAGUCAGUUUUACUAUGAGCAAUGAUAUAAGGCUGGUAACCUUUAAAUUAUUUGGUUGAUGUGGAAAAUUGGUGAUGUAAUAUUGUUUCUAGAUCUUUUUCAUUGCCUUUUUAAUUCUGAUGUUAGGUUAAUCACUUUGAAGCUAUAGUUAUGCUGUAACAUUUAGCAUGGCUUCACACCAGGUUAGUGUAGCCAAUGAGGAAAAAAUUACCCUAAUGACAGCAGUUGUCCCAGUGUGACAGCUGUAUUGCUCAGAGCUUUUCCUUCUUACACCUAGAAUAUAAGUAUAAAACAAGGGGAGAAAUGUGAGAAACAGGCGGUUUUCAGUUACACAUAUGUUGCUUAUGUCUAAUGUUUGACAGUUCAAUCUCUGGGUGGGAUAAAGAAAUUUAAAUAUCAGUAAUGGGAAUUUUUAAAGAUUUAAAACAAAUAUGCAAAAAUUUGCUAUGCCAGGAUGCUUGGAGCAUAAUAGAAGACUGUAUUUGGUGUGCUUGUUAUUUCUUUGGUAGAGCUUAUUAGAUGAAUCUUCUAGAACUUUCCUUCCACUGGACCCCAGUGAAGUGGAAGUCACCAGAAUCCCACAGUACUUGGAGCGCCACUGCACCAAGCUUAUCUGGCUGAGUUUCUGCUCAGGCACAGUUUUACUUGAAAGCAAGAAUUGUCCUAGCUCCUUUUCCAUUAUUCCAAAACUUUGAAUGUUCGAAGCAGGGUCUUGAUUAAAAAGGAAACUACUGGUUAGUUAAUCUGAUUGAGGUAUCAUAAUUUCAGCAUAAACAUUUAAUUAAAGAUAAGGAACUCAUCAGUUAAUACUGUAUUUAAAAGAGAAUUGGUAACUUGAAUGUGUGUAAUUUUUGAAACCUGUCUAAAAACCAAAUACCCCUGCAAACAGAUACAGUCCACCCUAUUCUAUUUAAAUAUUUUGCUGUUUUAUUUUAUAGAAAUUAUUUUGCUGAAUUCACAAAUAGAAUUUGAUUUAUGAAGAACUUUUUGUCCUGUGGUGUGUUUUUGUUUUUGUUUUUGUUUUUGGGUUGGUUUUCUAUUUUUUGGUUAGUUUGUCCCCCCCUCUCUUUUAUUUUUGGUUACUUUUUUUGUCCAUUUUUGUUUUUUUGGGUUUUUUUGUUUGUUGAUUUUGGUUUUUUGUUUGUUUGUUUUGGUUUGGUUUUUUUUGAAGGACUGCAUAAUAAAUUAAUUCUGUGCAUAGCAUGCUUAGGCAUGACACUGAAUUCAGGAGUUCAGUCACAUCGAGUUUUUGUGCACAGAAAGAUUUGACCUUUGGCCCUUGACUAAAGAUUUAGAGAAAACAGGAUGUUGACACUGUAAAAGUUUCCUAACAUAAUCAAUCUUGUACUUUUUGUAUGUUUUUUAUAUACAUGUAUAUUUAAUGAGCACAAGCUUGGUUGUAUUUUUUACAAUUUAGUUAAUAGGAAAAUGUUUUGUCAAAAAGGCUAUAGUUGGAACUGAACAAAGCAGAAACAAAAUUGAGAAUUGCUUUAUUUUGUGAUUAAAAGGGGCAGGUAUUUAAGAUAAAGCUUUGGGUAUCUUAUUUGCAGUACUCUAUAGUCCAUCUGUGCUUCUAGGUUUUCUGUAAUACUAGGAAAUUUUGACACCAGACAGAUCCUGUUUUUACCUUAAGUAUGUUACAUCUGAGUUUAAGUUGGAGCAAAAUCCUACACACUGUUUGCAAUUCCAGUUGAUAGUUUUAAAUUAAAAGUUCCUCAAUUCCAGGCUUCCUUAGCAAUAAGCAAAAUAGGUUAACUGUAUUUGGACAAUUUGCUAUCCUUAAAUACACCUUUUCACCAGAUGAGAGGUGAUUUUUGUAUUUCCUGCUCCUUAACAAAACAUGUGAUGUACUUAAUUUAAAAACUUUUUAAUGACUUCCUAGACACAAAAAACUUGACAUUUGAAAAGGCUGUGAAUUUUUCUCCUUGGAGGGAGAUCCCAUCUUGGUUGCUUUGAAUUGACAAUUCCCUUGUGCCAGGUGAGAGCUUUUGAAUCCUUUUCCCCUCCAUUUGAGGAAGAGCUGUCUAUGUUGUGCUCAGGAUCAAGGGAAAGUGAACAGGGAGAUUUAUUUUUGUUUGUGUGAGUUAUUUUCUCUAUUUAACUUCUUAAGCAUUAACAUAUAAGUGGAAAUUUUAGGCGCAUGUUACUGUAAGAGCAACAUGGUGGUGUCGAGGUCUUUUUCUGAACAUCAAUGGCACAUUUAAACUUCCAAGUCUUCAAAGUGCCUAAAGAUAAUUUAAUUCUCCCUCAACUGAUUUCUUGAGCCAUAUAUAUAAUUCCUACUUUAAACCUUUGUUUCAGAAUCACUAGUCUUCCUUUCAAAGAAGCACCCCAGGAUUCUAAAUGGCAUGAAUACUUCAUAGAAGACAGAUGCUACUGUUAACAUAAAGACUAAAGCUAUUUUUGUUGUUAAAUCUGUGAACAAGGGCAUUGCCCUGUUGGAUCUAAGUAUUUCCGUGCACAACUUGGUAAAAACCGUAUUGCUGCUGUUUCUAAGCCCUCCACCAACUAAAUUUUCAUGCUCAGCAUUAUAGAGGCAGAAAUAACAUAAAUCAUACUUGGGGUUUUUGUCUUUCCUUGAUUUUUCUCUCUGAUAAUUUCCCAACUUUGUGUCUUUUAGCUGUUAUAUAUACAAAUUUAGAAUUAUUAAAAUGUUUUAUAUUUUUUUCAUGAUUAACUUUUAUUAGUGAAUGAUAAGUAUUUAAUCCUAGCAGUGGUUAAAAAGAUGAGGAGCCUUUUUUAUUGAAAUUACAUUUGUAAAUGAAAGCAACAGUCUGUGAAUUUUCAGAUGACUACUCCAACAAAAAAUGGUUCCUUCCACUUUUUCUUGGUAUUUUUCCAGCUUCUGUUCUCCCAUGAACUCUUUGCUGAAUUUUGUGGUUAAUUUGGUGGAUAUAUCCUGCCUUAUUUAAAAUUCUAACUGGAUAAGAAAAUUGCCUUUUCCUUAUUAAGUGCCCAACUUUGGUCUCUAGCUGGAAGGUACUACAUACUGCAAAGAAAAGAAAACAACCUCCUUCCCGCCCCACCCCACCCUACCCCGUUUUUGUGUUACUGAGGAAAAAAGCAAAAAAAAAAAAAAAAAAAAAAAAUUCAGUACUGGUUUUAUAGUAGUGCUCAACCAAAAUUGGUCCUGCACCUACAUGAGUGUUUAGUGUUUGAAAAUAAGGUUUUGGGUGUCAUACAUCACUACAAAAAGUGCUAAAUGUAUUAAGAACUUGCUGCCGACUGUAUUUAUUUAUAACAAUUAUUUUACAUUUGCAGAAAUGUAGCGCUUUUCCUCCAAAUUCAUAGGUGUAAGAAAAAAGGGGGGAAAGGUGCACCAUGUUUUAAACUUGGAAAUGAGUGAUUUUUUUUUUUUUAAAUCAUCCAGAUUCCCCAAAGGAAAUUUACCACCCAGAUCACACACUUCUCAGCCUUUUACAAGCCAACAGACUGACUGAAGAUUGUCCACAGUUCCUAAGAUUUAGCACAUAUACAAAAAUAAAACUUUAUAAAUUAAA